AUAUGAAAUCGUUGACUCUGCCAUCUCCAGAUUGGGCGAUAGUAGGCACGUGGCAGAAUAAAUAGCAUCGGCUUUAGAAUUGACAACUUUUCAGGCAAUAGCUCGAAAAUCACACAUAUUAAGUGCACUCAAUACCCAAAUAACACCUCCAAAAUUUUCUCAUUGCCGUGUGGUUGCACAUUUUCAACAAAUCUCGCAAUUACAAUACUCACGACAAUGUCGUCGAUGUCCGAGAACGCAAUCCCGUAUCCUAAGGUGUUCGUUACCAAAGGUGGAACGCAGCUGUUGGCCAAGGGCUUCCCGCAGAAGAUUGUCGAGCUUAACGAGCUGCUCGACUCGCCGAUGUUCAAAGAGGUCGAGCGGGAGCAAGGCACUCCGGUCGAGGUCGAAGGUCAAGGCGAUGGCGGCUCCCAUGAUCAGCCUGAAAAGAAGUGUUCGUGCCCAGUUCCUUGCACUAAGGCGGUCUGGGUGAUUGUCGAAGCGGCCAAGCCCAUCGUCCAAGCAAUGCUAGCGAAUGCAACCAUCAUAAAGAAGUGGGUAGCGUACAUGAUAGACAAAAACGUGUACAGCACCAGCCUUGCCGCCUCCAUCCUCGACGAUGUCCAGAAAGGAAUCGGGAAAAUCCAUUCGGAGGCCAAUGACAGCUUCAAACAGAUCUCGAAGUUCCACGCCGUGCGCGCCAGGCGCCCUUCAGAUGUGGCGCGUUAUCCGGGCGUCGAGGAGUGCCGCGAAGAUAUUUUCGAAAUUCUCUGCGAGGUGCGCAAAGUCUACUCCAUGCUUAUCGAAUUUGCCGACAAAGACUGGAACAAGUUUAAGGAUUCCGACACUUUGUAAUUAUCCAUCCAUGGUACAUGCUUAUGUACAUACAUACAUACAUAUGUAUGUAGUAUGUAUGUGUUUUCCCUGUUGCAGAUCGCUUCGGAGCAGGAUUGGACAUCAUCAAAAAUAAAGAUACAAAAUUUGGUAAAAAUCAACAAAAA